AUGUCUUCGGACUCGCCGGGGCCGGAGGAGAUUGGGGAGGUGGAGGAAGUGGAGGGGGAUGCGUCGGAGCUCAUGCAGGGAGUUGAUCCAGUGGGGGGAGAUGUGAUGGAGGAAGAUGAGGGGGGUGACAAGGAUGAGGAGGACGACGUGGAAGGCAUGGACGAGGAUGACGAGGACGACGAGGAAGAUGAGGCGUAUGUGGAGUCCAACCGACGCUUCCUCCGGGAAGAACAGGCGAAGACCGAUGUGCUCUUCGACGAGCUGGAUGCGGAGCAGGAGGCGGAGGCCAACGGCGUCGAUGUCAGAAUGGAGAUAGUGGACAUCUUCGACGACGGGGAGUAG